AUGGUGUUACAAGACCUAGGCCGGCGCAUCAACGCCGCCGUCACCGACCUCACGCGCUCCCAAACCCUCGACGAGAAAGCCUUCGAUGGCAUGAUCAAGGAAAUCAGCAACGCUCUCAUCGCCGCCGACGUCAACAUCAAACUCGUCUCGCAGCUCCGGAAAUCCAUCAAGGCGUCCGUCAAAUUCAACGAGCUCCCUCCGCACGCCAACAAGAAGCGCAUCAUCCAGAAAGCCGUCUUCGAUGCCCUCGUCGAUAUCGUGAACCCCCACCAGAAACCUUAUGAGCCGAAGAAGGGCAAGAGCAAUGUUAUCAUGUUUGUGGGUUUGCAGGGGAAUGGAAAGACGACGACGUGCACGAAACUUGCGAGGUGGUAUCAGGCGCGGGGGUACAAGACGUGCUUGGUUUGCGCGGAUACGUUUCGAGCUGGUGCGUUCGACCAGUUGAAGCAGAACGCCAUCAAGGCCAAGAUUCCGUACUACGGCUCGCUCACACAGACGGACCCCGUGGUUGUCGCGAGAGAGGGUGUGGAGAAGUUCAAGAAGGAGCGAUUCGAGAUUAUCAUUAUCGAUACUUCAGGUCGACAUCAUCAGGACGAGGCGCUGUUCGCCGAGAUGGUGGAGAUUCAAGGCGCAAUAUCGCCACAUCAGACAAUCAUGGUGUUGGAUGCGAGUGUGGGUCAGGCUGCCGAAUCACAAGCCAGGGCAUUCAAGGAAGCUUCCGACUUUGGAGCCAUUAUCAUUACGAAAACCGACAGUGCAGCCGUAGGAGGAGGCGCCAUUUCUGCCGUUGCUGCUACCCACACGCCGAUUGUUUUCAUUGGUACGGGAGAGCACUUGCUGGACAUGGAGAAGUUCAACCCUCAAUCUUUCGUCUCGAAACUGCUUGGGAUGGGCGAUAUGCAGGGCUUGGUGGAGCAUGUGCAGUCUUUGAAGUUGGAUCAGAAAGAGACGUUCAAGAACAUUCAGGAGGGCAAGUUCUCUGUUCGUGAUAUGCGAGAUCAGCUUGCGAACAUCAUGAAGAUGGGUCCAUUGUCGAAAAUGGCAGGCAUGAUUCCCGGUCUUAGUAACGUGAUGGGUCAAAUGAACGACGACGAAGGCUCCAUGAAACUCAAACGAAUGAUGAUAAUCUGCGACUCCAUGACAGCCAAAGAGCUCGACUCCGACGGCAAAAUCUUCGUCGAGCAACCCACGCGCAUCACCCGCGUCGCCCGCGGCAGCGGCACCAGCGUGCGCGAAGUCGAAGAACUCCUCUCCCAAACGCAGAUGAUGGCCGGCAUGGCCAAGAAGAUGGGCGGCAACAUGAAGAAGAUGCAGGCUGCGCAGAAGAACCCGGCCAUGGCGUCGCAGAUGCAGCAGAUGCAGCAGCGCAUGAAGGCGAUGCAGGGGCAGGGGGGUGGCGGGAUGCCCGGGAUGGGAGGUAUGGGUGGGAUGCCGGAUAUGGGGUCGCUUAUGAAGAUGAUGGGAGGUGGUGGCGGCGGAGGCGGAAUGCCGAGCAUGGGCGAUAUGCAAAAGAUGAUGCAGCAAAUGGGCAUGGGUGGGAUGCCUGGCAUGGGCGGUGGGAGGAGAUAA